AUGACAGGAGGAGCUCCGUGUGUGACCCCAACGUGUGGCAAGAGCGGCUCACUCAUUUGCCCGACGUGCAAGAAGCUGGGCAUUCCUCCAGCCAUGAGCACCUUUUGCUCACAGGAGUGCUUUAAGGGCUACUGGUCCUCGCACAAGGCGCUGCACAAGAUGUUCACACAGGUCAUAGCCGCUGAACAGACCCGUGCUGAGAACGCAUCGCCCUUUGACGGCUACGAGUUCACAGGCAAGCUGCGACCAGGCAAGAUCUCAGAGACCGUCAAGGUGCCCGAGACCGUCAACCAGCCCGACUACGCUGAGACGGGCAUCCCCGAGGCCGAACAGCGCGCCAGACGUGAGAACAAUAUCAUCCCAGUGUACACUCCCGCGCAGAUCGAAGGUAUCCGCGAGGCCUGUCGUCUCGGCCGUGAGGUGCUGGACAUCGCCGGCAAGGCGCUGCGUCCUGGUGUCACCGGAGACGAGAUCGACAAGAUCGUGCACCAAGCCUGCAUGGAACGAGGCUGCUAUCCAUCUCCACUCAACUAUUACCACUUCCCUAAGUCUGUCUGCAUCUCAGUGAACGAAGUCAUUUGCCACGGCAUCCCAGACUCCCGUCCUUUCGAAGACGGAGACAUUGUCAAUCUCGAUGUAACCGUGUUCAAGGACGGAUACCAUGGGGACUUGAACGAGACAUUCCUGGUGGGCAACGUGGACGAAGAAGGAGUGCGUCUGGUGAAGACGACAUUUGAGAGUCUAGCUGCGGCUGCCAAGAAUAUUCGUUCUGGCACGAUGUUUCGUGAGUUGGGUAAGCAUAUCUCAGCAGUCGCCAACGCCGAAGGAUUCUCCGUUGUGAAGUCGUACUGUGGCCAUGGUGUAGGUACGCACAUGCACGGUAUCCCCGACAUUCCUCACUAUGCGAAGAACAAAGCCGUUGGCAUCAUGAAACCUGGGAUGGUCUUCACUAUUGAGCCAAUGAUCAAUGCCGGCACGUGGCGCGAUCAGACAUGGCCUGACGAAUGGACUUCAGUGACAAGAGAUGGGUUGCGCUCGGCCCAAUUCGAACACACAUUCCUCGUGACGGAAACAGGUUACGAAAUCUUGACUGCGCGCGAGAAUGAACCAAUAAUGGAGUGGAGUCAAGCAAAACUGCAGAGUCCGCACUGA